UGCCGCUGGGACCGGUCCUGCAGCUCAAUUCUGACGGUCGAAAAGUCCGAAGUGGCGAAGCACCUCCAUAUAGCGCACGGUGUCAAACCUGGCGGCGACAAAAAUGUGAUGUCGUGCAGCUGGGAUGGUUGCGGGAAGGAGAUGAAGAAGGAAAGCAUAUCGCGACACAUAGUUGCGGUUCACUUGAGCAAGAAAACGGAAUGCACCAGUUGUGGAAAGCAGUUUGCUCGGUGGGAUUCCAAGCUACGUCAU